AUGUCUGACGACGCCGCCGGCGCGCCCACGACUGCUCCCGAGCAGGUCGAGAAGAAGGAGGAGGCUGCCACCACUGUGGUCCCCGCGACCGGAGACGCUGUUGACAAGCCUGUCGCAUCGACGAGACGCUCCUACGUGCCCAACUCGUUCCUUCAGGAGCUCUCAAGUGAGCUCGCCACCGAGAUGCUGGAGAAGAAGAUCAAAAACAAGAAGCUCGAGGCAGCGUUCGAACUCGCCGUCGAGCAAAACUCGCUCGAGUUUUACAAGGACCUGCUGAACGAGCACGCCGCUGAGCUGGCUGCCAAGGAGGCUGCCGCCGAAGAUGCCGCCGCCGCCGCCGCCGCCAGCAAGAAGAAGAAGCGAGCUUCCGUCGCCGCCGUCGAGACGGAGGAUGUCGACAUGGCCGAUGCCUACGACGAGGAGGUGGAGGAUGUCGAAGUCCCCGCAAAGUCGAAGUCCAGCAAGAAGCGCAAGGCCGAGGAGGCGGCGGUAAGCAACAGAAAGCAGACGACAUGCCCGUGGAGUCGUGCGCUGACCCGAGAACAGACUCCCCAGCGAUCGGAUUCGGCUAAGAAGCCCAAGAUCAAGCUCACCACGUCCUCUACGCCCAAGGCCACCAAUGGAACGUCCACGCCCAAGGCGGCAAAGGAGUCUGCUGCCAAGCCGGCAAAGACCAAGUCCAAGAAGGACGGCGCUGAGAAGAAGGCGGAGAAGGAGGCACCCAAAGAGCCGGAGCUGAGUGCGGAAGAGAAGCACCAACGCAAGGAAGUAUGUUGUCCGGCGCCAGCCCCUCCCGCUCGACCGAUCACUGACAGGCACCGCAGCGCGAGCAAGCUGGAGAGCUUCCCCGACCUCGAGGUCUCGAUCAUCCGGGCGACCAAGAUCAACAAGGUACUCAAGGCGAUCCUCAAGCUCGACUCCAUCCCCAAGGAGGCCGAGUUCAACUUCAAGUCUCGCUCCCAGGCGUUGCUGGACAAGUGGACCAAGAUCCUCAGCACCGUGGACGGUGUAGCCGCCCCGUCGACAGCGAACGGAGUCAACGGCACCACGGAGAAGAAGACCGAGCCUAACGGCGUCAAGGACGAGGCCAAGGCGGACGCCAAGUCAGAGGAGGCGGCCGAGGCGAAGAAGUCGACACCCGAGGCGACCGAGGAGACUGAGGCGAAGCCAGAGGGAACGCCAGAGAAGACAGCCGAUGCUGAUGCUGCAGCAGAGGCUCCCAAGGAGGUCGAGGCAGAGGCAUGA